AUGGAAGCGACGGUGGCGAUUUCGGGCAUCACCUCACGACCUUUGGUUGCUCUGCGACGCUCUGGGGCCACCGUUUCGUACAGUUGCUCUCGCGGAUUGCUUCGUUAUCGUCCUCUCUCUUCUCCUCGCUUGAUCUUCAGUCCUGUUACUGGAACUUCCAGGAACACUCAUCGAGUCCAAGCAACGAUUUUACAAGACGAUGAAGAGAAAGUUGUUGUGGAGGAAUCGUUCAAAGCCGAGACAUUUCCUGGUAAAGAACCACUUGAGGAGCCAAAUACGAGCUCUUCAUCUAGUGCUCUAGAGGCUUGGAUCAUUAAGCUUGAGCAAGGAGUGAAUGUCUUCCUUACAGACUCGGUGAUCAAGAUACUUGACACAUUGUACCGUGACCGAACUUAUCCAAGGUUCUAUGUUCUUGAAACAAUUGCUAGAGUGCCUUAUUUUGCCUUUAUGUCAGUGCUACACAUGUAUGAGACUUUUGGUUGGUGGAGGAGAGCUGAUUAUUUGAAAGUACAUUUUGCUGAGAGCUGGAAUGAGAUGCACCAUUUGCUCAUAAUGGAAGAAUUGGGUGGAAACUCUUGGUGGUUUGAUCGUUUUCUGGCUCAGCACAUAGCAACUUUUUACUACUUCAUGACAGUGUUCUUGUAUAUCAUAAGUCCGAGAAUGGCUUAUCACUUUUCGGAAUGUGUGGAGAGUCAUGCAUUUGAGACUUAUGAUAAGUUUCUCAAGGCCAGUGGAGAGGAGUUGAAGAAAUCGCCAGCACCUGAUAUCGCAGUAAAAUACUAUACCGGAAGUGACUUGUACUUAUUUGAUGAGUUCCAAACAUCAAGAGCUCCCAAUACCCGAAGGCCAAAAAUAGAGAAUUUAUACGAUGUGUUUGUGAACAUAAGAGACGAUGAAGCAGAACACUGCAAGACAAUGAGGGCUUGCCAAACUCUGGGAAGUCUCCGUUCUCCACACUCCAUCUUAGAAGACGAAGAUUGUGAUGAACAAUCAGGCUGUGUUGUUCCUGAGGCUCAUUGUGAAGGUAUUGUAGAUUGCAUCAAGAAAUCCAUUACUAAUUAA